AGUUUUAUCUUGUUCUUAUCCCUUUAACAAUGUGGCUUCUGCAACUCCCUUCUAACCUCUCAACUCCAUUCCUCAACGGUGGUAACAGCAAUGGAUUGGGCCUCAACCGUCUCUCAAAGCCCACAUCCUCACUCCCUGUGGCCCAAACACAUUCCCUUCCCUUACCGUCAAUCAAAGCCAUGAAAACAAUGGAAGGAAAAGUGGUUUGCUCCACCAACGACAAGACGGUCGCGGUGGAGGUUGUUCGUUUAGCGCCUCAUUCUAAAUACAAGAAACGAAUUAGGAUGAAGAAGAAGUAUCAAGCUCAUGACCCUGAAAACGUCUUCCAAGUCGGUGACAUCGUUCAGCUUCGCAAAAUUAGACCAAUCAGUAAGAAUAAGACGUUUCUCGCUGUUCCUGCUCCUGAUAGGAAUUCCAGAAACAGAAAUUCCCCCGGUGAUCUUGGAAUUCCGCUUCAGUCUCAGCAGCAGGAGGAACAGUCUCAGCCUUAGGUUUAGGCUUGCAAUCUCUUACUCUUGUUCUUUAUUUUGUUUCCGUGUUUUUAUGUUAUGUAAUUUUUAAGGCGAAAAAUGUUUGGUGGAAUUGUUGUAUGUUGCAGUUAUUUAGUACCAAUAUCAUGAAAUUGGAAUUGAGAAAUGGAUGUUGUUACUUUGUUCUUGUUA